CUAACGUGUGCCAGCUGGCUUCGCGUGAAUAGCAGCUGUCGGUUUUGUGUCUCGUUGCCUUACAAUAAAAUAAUAUCGCAACAUCAUUUUUCGAACAGGUCAUCCUUUAUGGUUUAUGGCGAUCUGGUAAGGAUCAUACGGUGAUACUUAAAUAUUGUCAGUCUGUUCGGACCGUCCAGACCCGGGAAGAAGCUCAUGAGUGUCAACUUCGCAGUUUUGCUUUUCAAUAAUCCUAUCUUUUAAAAUGCUGGGAUUUGUACUGGGAGGUUUAAUGUGUUGGAUGAUAUUGCCACAAAAUGUAUUAUCACUGGAAUCCGAUUCGUCUUCCGCUAAUGUGGCCCUUUCCUCCGCUUACCUAAGCAUUCCGUACAGAAAUUUCCAAGCAAGAAUUUACAAAGAAAGUAACGGCUCGCCCAACGUGACGUACUAUUACGCCCCAGCAUGUACAUUUGUCCCCAACUCUACCUAUGUCGUCUAUAAUAACCAUCAGAACUACUUAGUCUUUGCGCUACAACUUUGGGAGGCAAGUUACCGAGAUUAUAUCCAGACAGAAUUAAAACAAAUGGAUCUGCUGUCCAACUCCCUGAAUCUCCGCACCAUUCCAUUCCACAGUAUGCGCAUGGAGUUAAUCGACAGUACACUGCCGGUAAAGGUCAUGAACCAAUGGAUCCCCAUUCCGCAUCAGCCGACCACUGUCCUCGGACGUAUCAUCUGCUCGGCGGAAAAAGAGUGUAGUGAUAUUAAAACUGCAGUGGAGAAUCCUCAGGAUCAGCUGCUCUUUGGUCUCGAAGUGUCGUUUGCGCUAACGAAGCCCGGUCGCAUGAAGCGGGAAGUGGCUCUUAAUACCACAGCGUUUGAGGCGUCGGAAAUUUUCAGCUUCGUUCCCGAAACGCCGACCAUGUGUAUGCAGCAAACGGAUUUGCGCCGGCUGUUGAGAGAAACCUUGGACCAUCUCCUUGAAGGAGCGAUUCCGGAUGAUGAAUUCGUCGGCGAAAGUCAGCUGUUCACCGCUGUCAACCGCUUCCAACGAAUCGUUAAACCGAGUGUAAUUACGACCACAGAUUUCACGGAGGAACAGUGGAAGAAUGUACUGGCCUAUCGGCGCGAUCCGUCCAGACGAGAAGAUCAAGAGCCUAAACGAGCUAAUGGGCAACGGAAAUAAGUGGAUGAAAGCCUUUUUCCAGAUCGGCAGUAAUUUCACUGCGAUAGAUGGCAUCAGACCGCUGCAAGGCGAACAACCAAUGAUGGACUGGAGUGCCGUGCGCAAUCAGCUGAAGGAAGCUGGCGGCAGCGUGCACUGGAACGGCGAUAAGUUUGUCAUUAAACCGAUGACACUGCACUGUAUCAACAUGAGCGCCAUCCGCGGGAACGAGAACCUCGGUUCGAUCACGGUGUGGAGCAGUCCAAACCAUGCAUGCUGACCUUUCGUCGGCUAUAAACAAAGAUAUUGACAACGUUAACCGAGACCAGCUGGGUGACGACCUCCACCGGAUGAAGCGCAGCUUGAACCAGACGUCUGAACAUUUAUCUCAGAUAGCCUACACCGUUUCGACGUUAGUACCUGUGGGCACAAUAGUAGCGUAUCAUCGCGAUUACAACGUCCCUGACUGCUGGUUGGAGUGUAACGGCGCGGAGUUCAGUAACGGGGAAUACCCGCUUCUGGCGGCUGUAUUGCAGCGAACCAUCACACCGGAUUUGCAAGGGAAAUUUCCCAUCGGUAUCAAUUCGAGUGAUCCAUUAGUACAGCUGACUGGAGUGGCCGGCGGUGAGAAGAGUCAUGUCUUGACAGCGGACGAAAUGCCGGUGCACAGUCACACCAUUCCGGCGUGGUCUCAAGAAGCGCAA